AUGAACCCAAAUCUUAUGCCAGCUGUCUUGCAAUGCUUAAUGGCCAUUGUUCAUCGUGCUUUUGAGACUGCAUUAUCAUGGCUGGAGGCUCAAAUAUGCGAGACAGGAGAUGCUGCUGAGGUCAGAGAGUCAACUCUGGUUGUCCAUGCUUGUUUUCUCAUAAAGAGUUUGCUGUUAAGAAGAACACAUUCGGGAUGUAUCUUAGCUUCUGUUCGCUCUUUGUACCAAAGCGUUGUCAAGGAGUGGAUUGUUGAUUCGCUAUCCUAUGCUCCAUGCACCACCCAAGGUCUUCUUCAGGAGCAACUUUGUAAAGCAAACACAUGGCAAAAAGCACAGCCCACUACAGACGUUGUCUCUCUUUUAUCUGAAAUAAAAAUAGGAACAGGGAAAACGGAUUGUUGGAAGGGUAAAAAAACUGCCAACAUUCCUGCAGUAAUGGCAUCUGCAGCUGCUGCAUCGGGUGGAAAUUUGAAGUCAACAGAGGCGUUUAAUAUUGAGGUUCUUAGCACUGCGUUGAAUGAACAUUGCAAAUUCUAG